AUGCGCCUCACGAGUUAUGAGACCACUACUAUUAGUUCUAUCCGUCGCAACGUAUCUGUCGCUUCUGUAUACAUCCAGGCGGAGAACCAAGACAGCGGCAUCACUUUUGAUUCGGAGGAUGACGCUCUGAGUUGGGUGUUGGGAGGCCAUCUCAUUUGGAAGCUCAGACGCGCUUCUCCCUUCAUUUCAGCGUACAGUAACAGACGUGUAGCGUGGAAACAAGCAGAGCAGCGUGUUAGAGAGAGAAAGAAGAAUGUAACUAUCUACGAGAUCGAUGUGUAUGCUAGUAAUAGGCGUGUGAAGUAUCGCAAUGUUAGAUGUCUAGCCGAUAGGCUAGGCAUGGAUAUCCCCGCACGUGCACUGCACCACUCGAAGCACGAGUAUGUUUUCCUCGGCCAUAUUCCGGAUAGCGCAAUCAAGGUCUACUACAAACUUUAG